UGCCCUGUGGGUUGGCCUGGGCCGGAGGAGGGAGGGCAGGGCAAUGGGACUCAGCGGUGCCCAUGCGGUCCCAGCGUCCCAGCCCGAUGCAGCCACCCCCAGAUGAGGUCCGCAGGGCUCCAUCCGCAGCAGUGGCGGAGGAUACCCACUGGUCCAGGCCUGAGUGCCAGGCAUGGACAGGAAUGCUGCUCCUGGGCACCUGCCUACUGUACUGCACUCGUGUCACCAUGCCCAUCUGCACUGUUGCAAUGAGUGAGGACUUUGGCUGGAACAAGAAGGAGGCUGGUACCGUGCUCAGCAGCUUCUUCUGGGGCUAUUGCCUGACACAGGUGGUGGGCGGCCACCUGGGGGAUCGCAUUGGGGGUGAGAAGGUCAUUCUGCUGUCAGCCUCCACCUGGGGCUUCAUCACCAUUGCCACACCACUACUCACCUGCCUUGGCAGUGCCCACCUGGCCUACAUGACCUUCUCUCGAGUCCUCACGGGGCUGCUCCAAGGAGCCCACUGCCUCAGGGGAAUCCUGGGAGGAAGCUUUGGCUGUAAGACCACAGGCGUCUACUUCCCAGCCUUGACCAGCCUACUGUCUCAGAGAGUACGAGAGACUGAGCGAGCCUUCACCUAUAGCACUGUGAGCGCUGGUUCUCAGUUUGGGACGCUGGUGACUGGAGCCGUGGGCUCAGUGCUCCUGGACUGGUGUGGCUGGCAGAGUGUCUUCUACUUCUCUGGUGGCCUCACCUUGCUCUGGGUGUCCUACCUGUACAGGUACCUGCUAGGUGAAAAAGACCUUGUCCUGGCCCUAGGCAUCUUGGUGCAAGACCUGCCUAUGGCCAGGCCUUCCAAAGUGCCCUGGAGACAGCUCUUCCGGAAGCCCUCUGUCUGGGCAGCCAUCUGCUCCCAGAUGUCCUCAGCUUGUUCCUUCUUCGUCCUCCUCUCCUGGCUGCCCACUUUCUUCAAGGAGACCUUCCCUCAUUCCAAGGGCUGGGUCUUCAAUGUGGUGCCCUGGCUGGUGGCAAUUCCUGCCAGUGUGUUCAGCGGUUUUCUUUCUGACUACCUCAUCAGUCAGGGUUACAGAGUCAUCACUGUGAGGAAGUUCAUGCAGGUGAUGGGCCUCGGCUUGUCGAGUGUUUUCGCCCUGUGUCUGGGUCAUACCACGAGCUUUCUCAAAGCUAUGGUCUUUGCAUCAGCCUCCAUUGGCCUGCAGACCUUUAACCACAGCGGCAUUUCCGUCAACAUCCAGGACCUAGCUCCAUCUUGCGCUGGAUUUCUGUUUGGUGUGGCCAACACCGCUGGUGCCUUGGCAGGUGUGAUUGGCGUGUGUCUGGGUGGUUACCUGAUUGAGGCCACUGGCUCCUGGACGUGUGUGUUCAACCUGGUGGCAGUUAUUAGUAACUUGGGGCUGGGCACCUUCCUGGUGUUUGGAGAGGCCCAGCGGGUGGACCUGCGCCCCACCCAUGAGGAUCUCUAGCUUCCUGACCCUCCAGUCCCACUCAGAACCCUGGAACCAGCAGCCUCCGGCAAUACUGGGCUCCUUUUGAGACACUCAGUGGAACUUGACCUCAGGUGUGUGAGAAGAGGAGAAAGUCCAUCAUCGCCUGAGGAACUGAAACAAGCUGGAGGGGUGUGUGAGGACAGACACUAGAGCUCUCACAGGCCUGGGUCAGGUUGGGCUCUUCACCUCUCUGAGGCUCACUGUCUCCACAUGGCAGUAGGGACAAUACUGCCUUUCUCCUGGGGUUUGAUGGGUUGCUGCCAAUAACCGACCAUGUCUGGGAACUUUCUCCCCAUGGUGCUGUAGGGAGCACCCCUAUCCACAUUUUGUUGCUCUGAAGAGUGUUCUCUGUGAUAGGGGUGUGUCAUUUACUGGAAGAUGCUCAGGAGACCUCUGACCCUCACCUGCUCCAUGUCAAUAGCACCCGCCUAUCUCAUCCUCUCUAGUCAUGUCAACCAAAGGUGUCUGUAUACAUUGCCCAAUGUCCCCAGGGUAAGGCAUCCCCACAGAAGCCAUAGUACUAGACAGGCCUUGAUGCCUGCUUCUCCUAGCAACUAGACUGCCUCUUGGUCAGUGGGCUAGAGGACUUUGCCUGCGUCUGGAGACCCUCCAGAGCCCCUGGUUCCCUUCCUGUGGAUCCCUUGAUACUAACAAUGUGCCCUGGCUAGGCAGGCACCUGGUACUACUUGGGCUUUGCCUGGACACUCCUCCUGUGGAGAGCACAUCAACAUCUCCUAUGGGAAUGUGUACUACACACCCCAGAACAAGGUGAAUGCCCUCCUUCUGGCUUCGUCUUUCUCCCUCCCCUUUUAUGCCCUGAGGAGCCUAUGAAGUCCAUUAGGGAAAAAAAAAAUUAAAGCUAUGAAGAGCCUUACCAAAGCCUUAUUUUUUUUGCCAAUUCAUAAAAUGUCUCUUUAUUAAUAUAAUAGCUUAGGAGUAAAUAGUGAAAAUGCUUAAUAAUCAUAGGAAAGGCAUUCAUCUGUUGUAAAAGUACUUUGCUUCCUCUGCAGUAAAUUUUAAGUCCUCUGAUAAGGUUCAGAAGUCAUAAGAUGAAAGCCCUAUUUAAGUGAUAACUACUAAACUAUUUAAGAGAAGUUUGUUAUUUUCUUUAA